CAAGUUUAGAUCAACAUGCCUUCUGGACCUGUCCCAAACAAAGAUGACAGUGAAACUAUGCUGGAAGUUGUCAACCGGCAGAUUGGUGAAAUUAAAAAGAAAAUACAACUUUCAGAGGGCCAAAGGAAAGCUCACUAUGAAGAAUGUGAUACAGAAAAGAAACGCAACAUUGACAAGAUUAGAACACUAAAGAAGACCAUAAAACAGCUACAGUUUCAGUUAGGAAGGCCUCCAAAAUGUGACGAAGGCAUACUCAAAACCAGCAACAAGUAUCCAAAGGAGACGAUCGCACUUCGCAGCAAAGACACACACGAAGCAGCCCAACUGUUGGACUGCAAAGUGAUCGACCUACAGAAGAAAUUGGACCUGAUUAGAUAUCAUGCAAAAAUGCACCAGAAGCGGAUGAAGGACUUGGCAGAUGAGUACCAAGAGCUUCUGAUCAACACGGCCAAUGAGGGCAUCCGGAAACAACUCGAUCCACGAGGAAAACAAGUUUCUGUCCUGGAAAACAACAUCCAUAAGGUGGAGAUGAACAUGAUGGAGGCAGAGCACAUGCGAAAGAAGUAUCGAGCGAUACGAGCCAGCCUGCUUGAGGACAGCGUACUGUUUGAGAGUACCCUCAACAAGCUAGAACAUAACAUCAUGAAACAGGAGACUGAGAUAAGACACCUUCAGGCUAUCAACAGAGAAGCCCUCGACUUGCGGGAUAGCACCAAAGGGAUUCUGCUGCGUCAAGAAGUAGCUGUCAUGAACGCAGGGAAGUCCCGAGAAAGACAGCUGAUGGAACUCAAAAUGAGAGUGGACGAGCGAAAGGCAGAACUGGAACGUUUGGAGCGUCGCAUUUUUCCGACCGGUCGACCGUUGAUGCAUCAAGACACUGUCACCUCAACAGAUAUGACACAUGGAACCUCCGACGAGACUUCUCAGGUUGUGGAGAAUCUUGAGAAAGCAUUCACUACUCUCAAAGAAGCUACAGGUGUUACCGACACAAAGGAUGUUCUCCAGCGGUUUCUCUCUCAAAUAGAAACAAGGACUCGACUCACAUACCUGAAAGAAACUACUGAAAAAGAAAAGAAGCAGCUUGAAGUUAGAAAAGAUAUGAUGCUCGCUGAAUUGGAGGCUUUCAAAUUCGCACAAGUCAAAGACAAAGAACAAAAUGAGGAAGAGGUGGAAAAACUUAAGAUUGCAAUACAGAAUGAAAUAGAGAAGAGAGACAAGUUGGAUGAACAAACAGCUACAAUAAGAGAUCAAAUUUUGCAGAUCAAGAACGCUCUUCUCAAAAUGUGCUCUUUGCUCCAGGAUUAUGAGCCCACAACAACUCCUCCUGCAUCACAAGAGAUAGACGACUCAGAGGAGACAGUGGUGCUGCUCCAGGGCAAACUACACAGCUUGUUUGACAAAAUCGACAAGAAAGAUGAGCCAGAGGAAGAGGAAAAGGUGACAAUCAAGGUGGUUCGGGUGGAUGCACCUGUAUACCCGCAGGCCCUAGAGGGUCACCCGGACAAGACCAGCGAACCCGAAGAUGAAGACGAGAUCCCCACCCGAGGCUUCCUCAAGCGGCAGGCCCAAGUCAUCAUUGACGCCAAGAGCAGACGCAAGGGCUUCAGAGUGGCUGUUCCACGAGUAUUCGGCCGGAUGAAAUAAAAACUUGUACUCACAGAUUACUAUGUAGUAGCCAAUAAAUAGUAUACUAAUCAUAAA